AUGGAGACGCUCCUGCCGCUGCUGCGAGCGACGCCGUCGUCCGCAAGCCUAUUAAGCAACGCGUCGGCUGUGGCGCAACUCGCCAACGCAGUGCAAGCUAUCCGGAGAACAGAUCGCGCGGCCGCGCCCAUUGCGCGCCCGUCAACCGAGGCGGACCUCGCCGACUUUGAGGCGUGGUUCGCCGGUGCAGUCGGGGCCAGCGAUGCCAAGUACACGUUUCGGCACAUGGGCCCUGCGCAGGGCAAUGGCGUCGUGGCCUCAUGUGCGAUUGCGGCGGGCGAGCGCGUGCUCUUCGUGCCCGAGCACCUUCUCUUGACGUCGAGUACGGCGCAGCUACCGAGCUUUGCGCCGCUGCAAGCCGACCCGCUUUUGAGCCAGUUUCCAUCGGCCAUGCUAGCGCUCCGCCUCUUGUACGAGAUGCAACAAGGCGCCAAGUCGCCGCUCGCAGCGUACCUGCGCAUUCUGCCAUCGCGAUUCUACCUUCCGUUCGACUACAGCGGCGACGACUUUGCCGCCCUCAUGUCCACCAUGGCGUACGCACCGGCCGUCCAGCUCCUCUACAACGGCCUCAAGCAGUACACGUACUUGCACGCGCGUCUCUCGAGUCUCUCGCUCGUUCCGAUAUCGACCUUUACUCUCGAGAACUUUCUCUGGGCCACGUCCGUCGUGCUCACGCGGCAGAACAACGUGCCGACGCCCGCCGACCCACGCGCCCUCGCGCUCAUUCCUGGCUGGGACCUCUGCAACCACGCGCCAGGCGCCAUCACUACGUACUUCGAGGCGGCGCAGCGCGGCGUGGUCUGCGACGCUAUGACGUCGUUUGCGCCCGGCGAGCAGCUCACCAUCUUUUACGGUCCACGCCCCAACGCCGAGCUGCUCGUGUACUCUGGCUUCUGCCUUCCGGUCAACGCCUACGACACGCUCCGCCUGCGCCUCGUCGCAGGCCCCGAUGACGCGCUCUGGAAGGUGCGGGCGAUGGUGCUCACCAAGCUCGGCGCGACGCUUGAUGGCGACGCCGCGCUGGUCCGCGUGACGUCGGACGGCGCAUUCGCUGCGGCCAUUGACCAACGCACGACGCACGUCCUGCUGCUCGACAAGGCCGGCCUCGGCGCAGCGCUUCGGUCGCUUCCUGCGUUCCUGCCGUGGACCGACGAGGUGGCGGCGCGCGCCAAAUCACUGCUGGCGCAGGCCGCAGCAGCGCAGCUCGCGAGCCUGCAGCAACAACCGGGCGCCCACGCUGCCGUCGUCGCCGCGUACGUUGCUUCGGAAGCCGCGCUCCUACAGCGCCUUCUCGGCUCGCAGCAGUAG